ACAUCGACAUGAGCGGCAACUUCACCGGGAGCUUAAUGCGCCCCGCCGCCUGUCGCCCACAACAGUCAGCAUCAUCCUCAUCGUCCUCAUCUUCAUCAUCAUCAUCAUCAUCAUCCUCACCUCCACUACCACCAUCAGCAGCAGCAGCAGCAGCAUCAGUGCGAUGAAGCAGCGGAGGACGGAGACCUUCCUGCUCUGAGACACUGGAUCAGCCCGCAGACAGGAUGACCGAGGUGAUGAACUCUCUGGAGCCCAGUACGGAGGACUUCAGCGGGGGUGGAGCCCCAGCAGAUCAGGGCGCAAUCUUCCCAGAUGCCCAUGAGAGGAACCCGAAGCUGUCCAAGAGGCUUCCCUCCAUCGUGGUGGAGCCGACGGACGGAGCCGAGGUGGAGAGCGGCGAGCUCCGCUGGCCGCCGGACGAGCCGAGCUCUCCGGACGCCCGAACCGAGAGGCCGAGUCCGGAGGAAGGAGCAGCAGUUGAGGCGCCGUGGAACGUCGGCGUGGGCGAAGAGGCUGCAGGGGAGGAGAUGCAGGACUCCAACUGAACAAACCCCCCCCCUCCCCUGAUCCACGGCCACUGUGAGUGCGUCCAGACGGGAAGGGAAAGGAGUCCGAUGGAAGAGCACGUUGCACCCGCAGAGAUCCCAGAGAGCAGAGCGCCACUACAACAGAUUCCCAAAGCCCGGCUCCACCCGAGCCACAGUCGUGAUGGAGACUUUUUGUUUUUUUUGUGUACGCUCCCUCUCCUUCUUCUUCUUUUUCUGAUGAUGAGGAGGAGUAGGAGGAGGAGGAAGGAGAUUGUCCCGUCUGCUUAUACAGAUCUUCUUGAACCUUUUCCAGGUUGCCUUUUGGCCGUUUUCUUUUCACGAGAAGCUGGAAAUGAACAAAAUACACUUUAACUUUUGGCAGUAGAUGUGUUUUCGAUAUCAGAGUUUUAACACCCAAAUUUAGCUUUUCCUCAUCUAAUAUGACUAUUGUCAGACUUCCAGCUUUGUGGUUUUGAUAUUUUUAAUUUGAUGAAUGAAAUGUUCUGUCUCUGGCUCCAAGCCGUCGCCGUCCAGAUGCUCACGUAACCAUCUGGAAGCUUCUAAAGGCUGUUUAGCUCAUGUGUGCCAUACUACUACUACUACUACUACUACUACUACUACUACUACUACCACCACUACUAAAGGUAGCUGCUGUACUCUGUGCACAGUUUUUAAGUCAUCUCUAGAUGUAAAUGACUGUAUGUGGAGUGCUGUAGUUUCGGUGAUGCCUGGUCUCACUUUUCACUCUGUGAUAAUAGCUGCGGUGUUUUAAUGAACAGUAUUUGAGUAACGAUGAUCUUAUUACCACACGUUCUUUAAUAUAUAUAAUGAUGUGUUGUCUUUGGUGUUUGCUGUUCAUUUAAAGGCCGUCCUUUUUGUUACCCGAGUAAAGGAAUAACCAGUUUAUUUUAGACGUGUGUCGUUUGUCAGACAUGAUAUUUUUAAAAGUACUGGAAGCCUAAACUGUUGCACAAUUAAUAAACAUUUUCAAAAUUCUUAAA